CCUUUCUUCCUGUUUUAAAUCUCUUAUCUCUUUAUCUCUGUCUUUCUUUCUCUCUCUUUCUUUCUUUUCUUUUUCUAUAGUUUCAUUUUUUCCACAUUAUACCAAGUCGAUUGAUUAAAAAGCAGAUCAGACAACAAAUAUAGAUAGUAAUAUGCCGCACUUGAAGCCAUCCAGCAAAGAUGAUGCGACGAUCAUCUUGGCAUUAGACCCGUCCUUCACUGGAGUUUUAAGAGGUGUUGCUCAUGAUGUGUCAGAAGGUUGUGCUGUCAUGGGCAACUGUAUUGUCAAAGUCAAUAAGACUAUUAAGGUGCGAAGAUUGAUUGUUUGGCUUGAAGGACGUUGUAAAGUCAACCUUAAGGGAAGCGGUUACAGUGUGGCUACUACAGACGCCGUUGAAAGUCGAACAGUGUAUUCAAAGGACCUGCAUUUUUUGGGCGACGAUGGUCGUACGCACAUUCUCACACCAGGUCAGUACAUCUAUCCUUUCAGCUUUGAUCUGCCUGCUAGCGUACCUGCCAGUUUCCGCGGCAAAAGAGGAUAUGUGCGUUAUCGAUUACAAGCAUCCAUUUAUCGACCUAUGUUUGCCAGUGAUAUCUAUGCUUCCCGUGAUAUUCCCAUCAAGCGCUGUUUGUUGAAUGAGCAGACGCCCAUUGCCGAAUUGCGUGAAACGUACGAAGGUAGACACCACACCAAUAAGUUAUACUACACAGCUGCAGCGCCUACCAUCAGUUACCGUGAAGGUGGCUUGAUUCGUUUAAAUUUGACGAUGCAACUCACACGGCCAGAGACACAGUCUAUACGAACUGUCACGACUGCGUUAAGGGAACGUGUUCAAUAUCGAACAACUGAUUCCAAUGCCAACACAGUGCUCAGUAAAACCGACAAUCUAUUUCCUUUAGGCUACAGCACUUUCUAUCCCAAUCAAUCGCCUGAUUAUGAUCCUAAGGAAAAGGCGGAUUAUAAUGCUUUGUUCCGCUUAUGUCCUAGAGUGAAUGCGGAUAUGAACAGUCGAUUACUGAAAGUGACGCAUGCUCUAGUGAUCAACAUCAUGGUGGAAGACACCUGCACAGACGAAGACGACAGCGAGGUAAAUUAUGAGACGGAAGCGACAGAGUCUGAGUGGGCAUCUGCCUCAGAAGAUGAUCGAGGACACACUUCAGACGUGAAAACACCCUUCUCUAGUCCCUCCACCACCCCACCACCUUCAACACCAGGUUCUCCUGAUUUCGAUCCUCAGUCGCGGCCAGCAAUGAGCCGGUCCUCUUCCACUUCUUCCCUUGUCUCCAUCUUUACCCUUGGACGUUCCCACAACAAUAAUAUCGCUACUACUACUACUAAUAAUAAUAAUAACGCAAACACCAUCCCUACUGACGAUAUCACCAUGAAUGGCAUGAAUAUACCCACCAUCAAACCCUCCAGACGCCACUCUAAACUCUACAAAUUUAAAGACUAUCAUCAUCAUCAUCACGGCAACAAAGAUCCUAACGAACCCAAGUUGACCCUCUGCACGUUGGAAGUUCCCUUAGUCGUUACUUCUCGUGAACAUAUCUUGAAUGAAAAGACAGUAGCUGCACCACCCUCUUAUGAACAAGUCGAAGAACCACCAAGUUAUAAAUCAACACUGAAGGAACUGCCAAGGGCUCCUAAUUAUGAUGAUUCGACAACUGCCACUGCUUCCUCAUCCACCUCUUCAGCGUCGUUAUCGUCCUCUCUCCAUCAACCAUUGACACCGCCCUCAGAACCUGAAGAUGGUUAUUCUUCUGCAAGUAAUUAUUCUGAUGCAUUAUCCACCAUCGAACGCGUGCCUUCCAUGGCUUGAUGAUGGGAUUCUUGUAUAUGUAUAUAUAUACUAUACCCUCCCUUUCGUAUAAUUAUAUAUAUAUAUCUCUUAUCUCUAUAUCUUUACAUAUACACUAUAUCACUUUCUGUCUUCAUCAUCACUCUUGAAUAACACAA